AGCACGGUCACAUGACUUCACGUCACCACCGCUAAGCUAAAGGAGGCUAAUGUUGGGCUAUAAAGGAACUACAGCACGGUCACAUGACUUCACGUCACCACCGCUAAGCCAAAGCAAAGGCGGUUAGUGUUGGGCUAGAACGGGUUUAUCAGUGACUCCAUACUGCUGUGAACUUUAUUCUGGGACAGGUUUUAUUUUUUAAGUUUGACUCAUAAUCCAAUAACUAAUAAGAGGAAGUGUUAGAGACAGUUUUUUGUUUUGAUCAAAAUAAUAUUGCCAUCUAGUGGCGAACUUGUGCAGUGCAUGGUAAAUAAAAGACUAUAUUUCCUAUGUUGCAGCCAAUUAAGAGACAGAGGUGGUCCACCUGUGUGCAAGAUGCCAGUAAAACACAACUGACCAGUUCUUUAACGUUUAUCAUCCAACAGAAACAUAAAGAGAAUCUUAGUUUGCUUCAAUAAAAGCUUUUAUGUUGAGUUGUGCCUCUUGUGUUGUUGUGUUCACUCUGACUGAGAGAGUAUUCUCUGAGUCUAAUUUGAGUGGAAACUAUUUUAUUUGUAUUAACCACAGAAGCCUUGCAGCUAAGAGUACAACUGAUAACCUGAAGGAUUAGUAGAUGUGUUUCAAAAGGUGUUCAGAGUGGUUGAAGGAAGCGGUGACAGGAAGGAAACUGGUGUGAGCUACUUUCAGAGAAACAGUUUGAUGCCACAUCACAAAGAGGUACAAUGGAUCCAACAAGUCUUCAACGCCUCGUCUUCCUCACCUCCCUGCUGAGCUGCUCCACUAACCAGGCUCGUCUCACGGUGACUCCCAGCAGCUCUCAGGUGUUUAGAGAUGAACCUGUCUCUCUGAGAUGUGAGGACGCCUCUGAGGGAUGGACUGUGAGGAGAAACACGAGCAGGGAAAGAAGAACUGAGUGUAAAGUCUGGGGAACACCUGCUGGUUCCUCCUGUACCAUCAGCCCCAUGGACCCAAGGGACAGUGGAGAGUACUGGUGUGAGUCCACAGAGGGAUCCACCAGUAACACCAUCACCAUCACCGUCUCUGGUGGAUCAGUGAUCCUGCAGAGUCCUGCCCUCCCUGUGAUGGAGGGAGAUGACGUCACUCUGACCUGUAGAACAAAGAUGGCCGACCCCCCCUCUGCUGAUUUCUACAAAGAUGGCGUCUUCAUUGGGACUGAGUCUGAUGGUCACAUGACCCUCCUCCAUGUCUCCAGGUCUGAUGAAGGCCUCUACAAGUGUAGAGUCCAGAGUAAAGAGUCUCCAGAGAGCCGGCUGUCUGUCUCAGAAAAACCUACGACCUCCAUGGAGCCGCCCACAGCCUCCUCUGCACCUCCUGCCUCCUCUGCACCUCCUGCCUCCUCCCUCCACCUUGUGUUCAGGCUGAUCUGCCACCUGGUGGUUUUCUGCCCGUACUGCAUCUCCACUUUCCUCAUGGUGUCUAUAUAUCGAGAGAGGGCCACAGGAAGGGACCAGUCUGUCUCCGUGGCGAUGACCCCGCCCACCCACGCUGAGCAGGGAUUGGACGAUGACUACGAUGAUGUCAUGUCUGCUGUCACCACGGAGCAUCAGUUCUGACCUGAUCUUCAGGCCCAAUUCCAAACCACACCCUCCCCACUCCCCCUCCGUCUGUAGUCUCUCUCUCAGUCUGUAGUCUCUCUCUCAGCUGAACGAGGCUCCUUCUUCCAGGUGGGGGGGGGGGCAACAACAGGUUUCAAAUCAGCUUCUCUUGAAUAAAAAAUAAAAGAAAUAAAACUCAAAAAAUAUUUAACCCCUUAAGCCCCAAGCCUGUUUUCCAGGUCUCAGGCUCGGAAAUGACAUUCCCAGAACAAAUGUCUUCUAAAAGGGUUAAAUUCUGGCCGUUAGAGCCAAUAGAAUCGAAGGGAAAUCGUCCCGCACACACUCAUGUUAAAAAAAAAGGUGACGUCUUCGCACAUUCAAUGAAGCUACGUAGGAGCGUAGGAAUGGCCUGCUCUGAUAUUUGAAAACGGAAUUGCAGUUUUAUUGCUGAUGGAUUAUCAGAACAUUUCAAAGGGGACGCAGACACAUUGGAUAUUAACCUAUGGAUUAACUACAGCAUCGUUUUAAUGCCAUUGAAGACCAGUUUAGACCAGACAAAACCAAGGUAAGCCAUGUUAGCGUUUUAGGCUACCUAGCGCCACUUGUUUUGAUGUACGUUUUUGUUGAUAACGUCGCGCG